AUGGCCCCUGUCCAAUCCAAAACGCAGGCCACUGGCUUGGGAAACCGAAACCUCUUGGACAAGAUCGACAAGUUGAGAGAACUCGGAAUCUCCAGGCAGAUUGCUCUCCCUCAGCUCGUCGUCGUAGGAGACCAGUCCUCUGGAAAGUCAAGCGUUCUCGAGAGUCUCACUGGAUACUACUUCCCCCGGUCUGUCGGUCUCUGCACUCGUCACGCCACGGAGAUUGUCUGUCGUCGAGAACACACACCCGGCAUCGUCGUUACCAUUCAGCCUGCCGAUGCCAUCUCGGAAAGGGCCGAGCUUGCCAGGUCGUUCCGACGUGAGCUGAAGGAACUCAAGGGACAGGCGUUUGCGGAUGUUCUUCGGGAGGCAAGUUGCUUAGUGAUGGGCUUGAAGAGCAAUGAGAACUCCGAAGGUGCUGCCUUCAGCAAGGAUGUUCUUCGCGUUGAGAUUUGCGGCCCCAACGAGGAGCACUUGACAAUCAUCGACGUUCCUGGCGUUUCGACAGCCAGAGACGUUGCCUUGGUCAAGUCCAUGGUAAAAGAUUACAUCAAGGAUUCCAGAACCAUCAUCCUCGCAGUCAUCCCUUGCAACGUGGAUGUCGCAACCCAGACCAUUCUGACCUACGCUGCUGAAGCUGAUCCCGAGGGCAAGCGCACUCUGGGUGUCCUAACAAAGCCGGAUCUCGUCAGCGAGAACGCCACCCGCGAGGCAGCGAUGGAUCUCGUCCGAGGUAAGAGACGAGACAUCCAGCUGGGAUACUACGUUGUCAAGAAUCGCGGCGCCGACGACUCUUCCUCCAGCAAAGAGGCCCGCGAUGCUGAGGAGAAGAGCUUCUUUGGCGAAGAGCCUUGGUCUCGACUCGACAAGUCUCGCUUGGGAAUUCCAGCGUUGCGCAUCCGCUUGCGUGAACUUCUCAUGGACCGAACCAAGAGCGAGUUUCCCAAAGUCCGGCGCGAGAUUAAUGAGCGUCUUGUCGAGGCAAAAGCUAAGCUCGAGGCUCUCGGGCAGCCCCGAAGCACCGCUGAUGAGCAGCGAGCCUACUUCGGCAAGAUUGUGAGUCGAUUCAGCGACUUGAAGAACUUUGGUCUGGAUGCUUAUUACACGGGCGAUCCUAUCUUUGACAAGCGCCCAGAGCUCCGCCUUGCUACCCGCAUUCGCGAAAUGAACACAGCUUUCACGUCGAUGUUUUUCAAGAGCGCCCACACCCGCAAUUUCGAUGAUCUUGUUGAGAAGAAGUUGGCCAAGACGGACGACCCUGAAUCGGACGACCCUGAACAGGGCGGCGAAGAGGGCGGCGACAAGGCUCAGGCUACUCGCUCUUCCGAGGACGACAGCGACGAGGAUGAGGAUGUCACGAGAGAUGAUCUCUACAAAAUCGCAUUCUCAGUGCCAUCUGAUGAGUAUGGCGAGCUUGAUGCAGUUCUGUCGGAGUCGUGCAGGUGCCCUGCGCCUCGGAAUGACAGCAUCAUGAAGCACCUUGAGCAGCUGCAUCUUAUGUCCCGCGGCUUUGAGAUGGGCACUUUUAGUAGCCACAUGCUGCCCACGGCUUUCAGGGAGCAAUCCAAGAAGUGGGAGGCAAUCACCUUGGCCCAUGUCAGCAACGCUAUCCUUGUCGUUCAUCACUUCAUCUACGGCGUGGUCAAAGAGUCUUGCAGUGAUGAACAAGUACUUGAGGCGCUUUGGUCUUCGAUUCUAGAGGACCUCGUAAGCAGAUAUCAGAAGGCGAUGAACCAGGCGAAGCUGCUGAUCCGCGUCGAGAGAGAGGGUCGCUCUAUUACUUACAACCCAGCUUUUGACGGAGACCUGAACAAGGUCAAGGCCAAGAGGUCUGCCAAGAAAUUCGACAAGCUCAAGAUUUCUCUGAACCACACUUCUGGACCGGCUGAGUUUGUCCGGUACAGCGACUUGAAAGAGGAAGUAACUCACGAGAAAGGGACGAGCGCGACCAGCUGCAUCAUCCAUGAUGUUCUGCAGAGUUACUACAAGGUUGCCAGCGCUCGCUUCUCAGACAUGAUCUGUGCCCACGUCGUAGAUUACUUCCUUCUCGGCGCGGAGGAUAGCCCUCUCAAUGUUUUGUCGCCGAACCGCAUCUUCCAGAUGAAGGCUGAGCAGUUGGAGAUGGUGGCGGGCGAAGAUACCCUGAGCAAGUCUGCACGUGAGAUCCUGAAGAACGACAUCAUGCUCUUCGAGCAGGGAAGAAAGGUUCUCCGCACUUGAAUGCGAGAUGGGCCACAAGGAUUGCUUGGGAGUGGGGUUGAAGCUGGGUCCGUUCUGUUUGCGCAAGGCUCAUCUUCAUGUUGAAUAACUCGCUGCUGGGGUAGAGCUGCAGAUAGUCCUGGUGUAGGCUACCAUCACAGUCACAGUAUCUCGGCUUGUCUCUCCUGCUGUCCCGUAACUUUCGUGAUCAACAUGUACUCAAGGUCCAGUGUCGCGGGGUUUGCCAGAUGAAUUCAUGUCAGGCGACUCAGGCCUGCAAGAUGAGGUCAAUAUCCUAGCCAGCCAGCACGCACUGU